GCUCCAGGUGGACAUGAAAUGGCUGUAGAUUUCUGGGAACUUGUUGGGGAAUCCCCCGCUGGUGGAGUUGAUAACCUAGUAAAUGAGGAAUCUGCCAUAGACACUCAGCUCGACAAUAGGCAUAUUAUGCUCAGAGGUGAAACGGUUUCCAAGAUCCUGAGAAUGCGCUCAACAGUUACACAAUGUUUCAGAGCUCAUUACUUCAAUCGCAGUUACGUUGAGGUAUUUCCACCUACCAUGGUGCAGACACAAGUGGAAGGGGGAUCCACUCUGUUUGAUUUCAAUUAUUUUGGUGAACCAGCGUAUUUGACACAGUCAUCCCAGCUUUACCUGGAGACAGUAAUCCCAGCACUUGGGGAUGUGUUCUGUAUUGCACAAUCAUACAGAGCUGAGCAGUCACGUACAAGAAGGCACUUGUCAGAAUACACUCAUGUGGAAGCUGAAUGUCCUUUUAUUUCAUUUGAUGAUCUCCUUGACCGAAUUGAAGAUUUGGUAUGUGAUGUCGUGGACAGAGUGCUGAAAUCCCCCCAUGCAGACAUACUCAAAGAAUUGAAUCCAGAUUUUAAGCCACCCAAGAGACCAUUCAGGAGAAUGAACUACAGUGAUGCCAUCAAAUACCUGAAAGAACAUGACAUUAGAAAGGAAGAUGGCACUUAUUAUGAAUUUGGAGAGGACAUUCCUGAGAUGCCAGAGAGGAAAAUGACAGACCAGAUCAAUGAGCCAAUCCUGCUGUGUCGCUUUCCAACCAACAUUAAGUCUUUCUACAUGUACAGAUGUCCAGAGGACAAGGGUCUGACUGAAUCAGUUGAUCUUUUGAUGCCUGGAGUUGGUGAAAUUGUUGGAGGAUCCAUGAGGAUGUGGGAAUAUGAGGAGCUGCUGGAGGGUUACAAGAGAGAAGGAAUUGACCCCACACCUUACUACUGGUACACUGACCAGAGGAAAUAUGGUUCUUGUCCACAUGGUGGCUAUGGUUUGGGACUGGAGCGAUUCCUCACAUGGCUUCUGAACAGACAGCACAUCAGAGAUGUUUGUCUCUACCCACGCUUUACUGGAAGGUGUCGACCAUGAAACAGAUGUUUCUUGGAAAAUUUGAAAUGACCAUGAAGCAGUCAAUAUGCAAGAUAAAUUGAAAAGUGUACUGAUGGCAGUUCCUUAGUAGCUAGAAUGUGACAAUUGCUGAAGUGUUGUAAUACUUGACUGUACAACAAAUGAAGUGCUUCACAAAAUAAAGAAUUGUGUGCAAAAAA